AUGGCGAAAGCUAUCUGUCAUUCCUCCGGGUAUCCUAAUGCAGCGAAAAAAUCUAACAUUCGAUCCAACCAACUCUCCGCUAUAUCAGGGUUAGGUCCACCCAAAAUUUUGGCGGUAGAAACUUCUGGAACAGUUCUAAGGCACGGUCCUCUCCCUUAUGAUUUCCGGGAUGUUGUACCUGGCCUUGACCCUGUUGUUAAUGAGCAAAAGCACAUAAGGCGGUUCAUACAAGGUUUGAAUGUGAAAAUUCAAAAGGACUUAGCUGCUGCUCAAAUCGAUACCUUUAAGGAUGCUCUUGACAAAGCUCAACGAGUGGAGCAGGCCCGACUUCAAGUUCGGACCUUUCAAGCCAAGAAACGUGGUGCAUCUAGUAGUGCUCCUGGGCGAGGAGUUCCUACACCCACUCCUCGCGCAAGCUGUGGAUAUUGUGAUAGGGCAAACCACACCGAGGACGCUUGCUGUCAAAAAUUGAAGAAAUGUCUCCGUUACGGAAGUUCCGAACAUCAGAUCGCCACUUGUCUUGUUAAGAACCUUGAAGGAAACGAGGCUGCACAGCCGGAGAAGUCAAACCCUAAGCAACCAACUGCUAGUGGGAGUAGACGAAAAUCCUCGGCUAGGGUUUUUGCCUUGGACUAUCAGCGAGCCCCUGAGUCCUCUGAGGUAGUAGAAGGUACGAUACCUGUAUUCCACAGCUUAGCUAAGCUUUUAAUUGACCCUGGGGCAACCCAUUCUUUUGUGAAUCCUGUCUUUAUGUGUGGUAUUGGUAGUUGUCCUGUUAAGUUGUCCUAUGACUUAGAAGUUAAAACACCUACUGGGGAUCAAAGCCUAAUUACCAAUAUGGUUUAUAGAAAUUGCGAGAUUUGGGUAGGAGAAUGGAUGUUGGUGGGAGACUUGAUAAGUCUAGACCUCAAGGGAUAUGACGUGAUUAUAGGCAUGGAUUGGUUCGCCCGUUAUAAUGUUCAGUUGAACUGUAAGACUAAAGUGGUGGAAUUCUCGAUACCCAGAGUGGCAACUCUAGAGUUGGAUGUGAUAGGUAGGUUAGCGUCAUCUGCACUUGUUUCGGAAAUUCGAGCUAUAAAGUUAUUGAGUAAAGGGGUGCAAGGUUACUUAGCUUUCUUAAUUAAUACCCCUGGAGAUAAGGUGAAACUGGAAGAUGUGUUAGUAGUGAAUGAAUUUCCUGAUGUCUUCCCUGACGAGCUGAAGUCGAUGCCACCAGAGAGAGAAAUAGAAUUUAAGAUUGAUUUGGUGCCUAGAACCACUCCGAUUGCAAAAACACCAUACCGAAUGGCCCCUGUCGAACUUAAGGAAUUGAAACUGCAGUUAUAG